CCCUCGGGUGGUUCCGUAGCACGCCCUCCCACAUGUGCUAUCGGCUGUUGAAGGCAAGUCUUUUGGUUAGAACGCUUAAAGUUGCUGCGGGCUUGUAUUCCGUGAGUUAGAACAGUCAUGUCUGAAAGUCAGGAGAUGUCCCCGGUGGAGGUAAAAGUGGCACGUCAAGUUGAGUACUACUUUGGGGAUCACAAUCUUCUACGAGAUCGCUUCCUCAAAGAGCAGCUGCAGCUUGAUGAUGGUUGGGUCACUUUGGAGACCAUGCUCAAAUUCAACAGACUGAAAUCCAUUACCUCGGAGGCUGACGUCAUCAUUGCCGCGCUCCAGAAAUCGACAACUGGCCUCUUGGAGAUCAGCGAGGACAAGACUAAGAUCAGGAGAUCUCCAGACAAACCUUUACCUGAGCUGAACGACGAGUACAAAGAUGCUGUCAAACACAAAUCGGUGUACAUUAAAGGUUUUCCCUUGGCGACCACCCUUGACGAGAUCCAGGAGUGGUUGAACGGAAAAGGCAACAUAGAAAACAUUCAAAUGAGGAGAGAUAUGGAGCGGCAGUUCAAGGGAUCAGUGUUUAUCUGUUUUGAUUCAGAAGAGUCAUCCAAGAAGUUCCUUGAACGUUCAGAUAUAAAAUCCUUCAAAGAUAAUGAGAUGCUGGUGUUAUCAAGAGCAGACUACCAUGCAAAGAAAGCAGAGGAAAAAAAACAACACAAAGCUGAAACAAAAGCAAAAGUCAAACAGGAUAAAGAACAGCAUCAGAAAAACGUGGAGGAGAAAGAUAUGAAUGUGCUCUUGGAAGAACAUUCGGGUUCCUUAUUAAAGUUCUCUGGAGAGCUGCAAGAUGUUUCCAGAGAGGACUUUCAUGAACUGUUCUCAGGGCACGGUCGAAUCAAGUGGGUUGAUUUCACGAGAGGGGCCAAAGAGGGCACCCUUCUCUUCGACAAGAAUGCAAAGGAAGCAUUCGAGAAUGCCAAAGAGGCGAAUGACGGAGAGCUGAAAGUCAAGGAUAACGUUGUCACGUGGCAGCUGCUUGAAGGAGAUGAGGAGAAAGAAGUCCUGAAGAAGAUUAUUGAAGCUCAACAGGAUUCUUUCAACCGGAACAAAGGAAAAGGAGGCAGAGGGAAAUUUGGCGGCAGAGGAAGAGGAUUUCGAAAGGGAAAAGGCGGCAGAGAUCAGGGAAGGAGUCAAGUGUACCAGGGCAAAAAGACUAAAUUUGACAGCGACGAUGAAGACGCCCCGGCGGCCCCCAAGAGAGAACUGGAAGAUGCGGAUGGUCCUGCAGCAAAGGUGGCCAAAACUGAAAAUGGAUCUUAGUGACAAGACCACACUCAAGAAUGUUUCUUUUGGAGAAAACAUUUAUUAGAUACAAAGGCAAACUAAAGUCCAUUCCAAUAAAAAAACAACAAAACGUCACACUCUGGAGAAGCGCAGGAAAUCCACCUGGAUGUCAACCUAGAGAAGUGUUUGUUUGCCAUCAGUUUUGUCUGCUUUUCAAGUCCUUUCCAGCUCUUUUCCAUAAGCACCCAUGUUACUCUUAAGACAAUUUCAUUUGUAUAAUGCAUAACUUUCUGCUCUUGGAGGCUAAUUUAAUUUCAACACAUUUUAGUUGUGUGACAAACAGAAUCAUCAUGCCAGUGUGUUCUCUUUCCCCCUCAUAGAUUCCUUUCAGAAAUAAAGAUUUGCUAUUUUUUACGUUUUCAUUAUGAAUUGCAAAUACGUGACGCAGGAGGAGUGUUGGAGCAGCAGCCCAUAAACUCACCGAUUUCUUUUUGUGAAACUUGUAAGAAGCUGGCAAGUCGUAUCUCAGUUCUGUUUACAAAAGAAUGAAAUCACUCUUAGAACAGUUUGUUUUAUACACAUUAUUAUUUUUUUUUUUACAUUUUACCUGCAAUAACUUCCAUCUUCACUCCCCAGUCGUUGGCUUUCUUUUCUAUGUGCUGGAAUUGGAUCCAGAAUGUAAAUGUCAUGCGCUUUUGAUUGCUGUGUUACAAUAAAUGACCUAUAAAGCAA